AUGGAUUUGGGUAUGCAGAUGGAUGACCAAGUCUCAGAGGUGGAGGUUCUGAGUCACGUCUCAGUGGGCGGGUUCGUGACACACUACGGAUGGAACUCAGUGCUUGAAGCGGUGUGCGGCGGGGUGCUGAUGAUUGGGUGGCCUCUGUAUGCGGAGCAAAGGAUGAACAAGGUGAUAAAGGUGAAGGACUUGAAGGUGGCAUUGGUGGUGAACGAGUCGGAAAAUGGGUGCAUGAGUGGGGAGGAGUUGGAAAAGUGGGUGAGGGAAUUAAUGGACUCGGAGGAAGGGAAGGAGGUGAGAAAGAGGUCGUCGAGCAUGAGAGAUGCUGCUACCAAAGCCAUGGGAAAGGGUGGGUCCUCUCAUAAUGACUUUCAGAAGUUGGUUCCACUGUGGCUUUCGUAA